AUGACCAGCGAAACCCCAUCUUCCGCGUUCGAGCACGACCCACUUCCCGACUCCGCUACACAUUUCCGCCUACUACACAUCCUGCGCGGCGACUUUGGCCAGCACGUCGAAUGCGAAAUAUCCUCAUGGCCAAUCGACGAUGCACCGUCCUACUACGCGAUAUCGUAUACCUGGGGCGACCCAGCUGACAUGACCAAAAUUACUGUCAACGGCAAGCCGCUGGCUGUACGUCGGAACUGCGAAUACGUCCUUCAACAAGCCUUUGUAACGAAGGCCUGUCAGUAUUAUUGGGUUGAUGCCAUCUGUAUUGCGCAGACGAGUAUACAGGAGAGGAAUCACCAAGUCGGCAUUAUGGGCAAGAUCUACUCGGGAGCGAAGCACGUUCUCGCGUGUGUUGGGCCACAUGCCAAUGACAUGUCUCUUUACUAUGCGUACAUCGGAACGAUUGAGAACGAGUGA